GGUGGCAGUGCACUUGUGUUCUUGAAUCUUUCUCGACAGACUUGCUCACACAUUCUCAUACAGAGCAACAUUAAGUGGAGGCGAGUGAGAGACACAAAUUGAAUAAGAGAUUACUAGUAGGACUGUUUGCUCCAGGACUGUGUUGUUGUGUUGGACAGCUGAAGUUUGUCAUGUCUCUGUGGUGUUGUGGUGAGACUGUGCUGGGCUGGAUCCUGCUGCUGUCUCUCUUCUCUCACAUCUCAACAUUUAAUCUGGACACCACAAAUCCCAUUAUCAAGGAAGGAGAGUAUGGAAGUUUCUUUGGCUUUUCUUUGGCUUUACACAAGCAGCUUACACCUGAACCUCACAGCUGGAUAUUAGUGGGAGCACCUCAGGCACGAGGAACAGGACCUUUGCAUGGGAGCCGCCCUGGUGCCCUGUAUCGCUGUCCGGUCACACAAGAAAAGUGUAAACGAGUGGACAUUGACGGGAAUGUGAGUCCGGAGCGAGAGAACAAACACAACCAGUGGUUGGGUGUCACAGUUAAAAGCCAGGGCAUUGGUGGAAAAGUGGUGACGUGCGCUCACCUGUAUGAGCUCAGACAACAUGUCAAUCAGACGUUUGAGACACGUGACCCCAUUGGACGCUGUUAUAUGCUGAGUGAGGACCUGACUGAGAGAGAUGAUCUGGAUGGAGGCGAGUGGAAGCUCUGCGAGGGUCGUCUACAAGGACAUGAUGAGUUUGGAUUUUGCCAGCAGGGACUUUCUGUUAGUUUUACAGCUGACAACAACUACAUCCUGUUUGGAGCUCCGGGUACCUACAACUGGAAAGGGCUGUUGUUCAUGGCCAGUCCUGUAGAGGAUUCUCUCGUCUACAAAACUCUGGAACCAUCCAAAAGCUCAAUUGAGGAUGUAGCUCGUAACAGCUACUUGGGUUUCUCUGUGGACUCGGCCAAAGGUCUGAUGAGUAAAUCUGAGCUGACAAUUGUUGCCGGAGCUCCUCGAGCCAAUCACACAGGAGCUGUGGUUUUACUCAAGAAAGACAAUGUCUACAGACUGAUGCCAGAUUUUAUCCUAUGGGGAGAAGAACUCGCCUCAUCUUUUGGUUAUUCUGUGGCCGUAGCUGAUCUAAAUAGUGAUGGCUGGACAGAUCUUAUAGUGGGAGCACCAAAUUUCUUUGAUCGUAAAGCAGAGAUUGGAGGUGCGGUGUAUGUGUUCCUGAAUCCAGCAAGUCACUGGGAAAAGGCACGGCCGAUCAGACUCAAUGGAACAUACGACUCUAUGUUUGGCAUGACCAUUGCCAGUAUUGGAGAUCUGGACCGGGAUGGUUACGACGAUUUUGCUGUCGGAGCCCCAUUUGAUGGAGAUGGGAAAGUAUUUAUUUACCGCGGCUCUUCGUCUGGCAUCGAUACCAAACCCUCUCAGGUUUUAGAUGGGCAGAAUGCAGGAGUGAGGAGACUUGGUUACUCUAUAUCAGGAGGGUUGGAUGUCGAUGGAAAUUUGUAUCCGGAUCUAGCUGUCGGCUCUCUCAGCGAUCAAGUUGUACUUUACAGGUCACGUCCAGUGGUCCAUGUCAUCCGAGAUAUUUCCAUCGAUCCUCAAUAUAUUGACCUUACUCAGCACAACUGUCUGGAGAACAAUGGUGUUUGUGUGGAUGUGAAAGCCUGCUACACGUACACUGCUUAUCCAGACUCGUAUUCACCACAUAUAACACUUGGUGUACAUUUUGAGGCAGACACAGAUCGCAGGAAGUUGGGUCUGCCUCACAGAGUUCGCUUCCUGGAGCGCAGCGGAUCAGAGCCAGAUUACGCUCACUCAGUGGAAGUCGAGCUGCGUGGACAAAAACAUCCUGACUGUAAAACUGUGACAUUUAUAGUUCAGGAAAACAUCUUAGAUAAGCUGCGGCCCAUCUCUCUGGCUAUCACGCACACCAUACGGAGAACCAGACAUCAGCACCAUGUUGGACACAAACACAAUAACCAUCUGAACCCUGUACUGAGCCCCAGCCCUUCAAACACGCUCUACUCUGAGGUUAAUUUUCUUAGGGAAGGUUGUGGUGAGGAUAAAAUUUGCCAGAGCAACCUUCAGCUGGCCUUUCAGUUUGGCACAAAAACACCCAUUUCAAACACCUUCACACCUCUGCCCCGAGAUGAGUCCGAUACGCCAGUGUUCUCUCUGUCAGAUCAGAGGUACAUAAUGCUGGAGAUCACAGUGACAAACAUGCCCUCCAACCCCAACAACCAACAGGAAGAUGGCGAUGAUGCCCAUGCUGCCCAGCUGCAGGUGUCUCUACCGGACACCCUCUCAUACUCAUCAGUUCAGCAGGCUUUGUGCGAAGCCAAUCAGAACGGCUCUCAAGUGAUGUGUGAACUUGGUAAUCCUGUCAAAAGAGAUGCCAUGGUCAAAUUUUAUCUCAUUCUGAGCACAUCUGCCAUCACAAUUGAAACCACAUCACUGUCUGUCCAACUCAAUAUGUCUACGAUCAGCGAGCAGCCGGCUUUGGUUCCCAUUGUGGCGUAUGCACGAGUGGUGAUUGAGCUUCCUCUGGUGCUCAGCGGGUUGGCUCAUCCCCGUCAGCUCUUUUACAGCGGAGCAGUGAUGGGAGAGAGUGCUAUGACAUCUCUGGAGGAUCUGGGCACUGCCGUGGACUUUGAAUUUAUCGUGUCUAACACCGGACAGUCUCUCCAGACCUUCGGAUCGGCCUCUCUGAAUAUUCUGUGGCCGCACGAGUUGACCAAUGGGAAGUGGUUGUUGUAUCCCAGUGUUCUGCAACUUGAUGGGCAGCCUGACACUCACUGUGAACCUCAGUCAGCAUUAAAUCCACUCAGAUUAGCCCUCGGUGAACCACCACAUGCAGCGGACAUCAAGAGCAGAAAGGUGCGAUCUCACAUAGAGACAUCAGAAGAUGUUGUCCUCGAAAACCCACAUAGCGAGUUCACCCCAGCUGUAUUUGCAUCAGAGAGGAGGAAAUCUCUCACACUGGACUGUUUGCUGGGUUCUGCACGCUGUCUGACCUUCAGAUGUCCUCUACAUACAUUUUCUGGCUCCAUCCGUCUCAGAAUCCGAGCAAACGUGUGGAACAGCACUUUCAUUGAGGAGUUUUCAUCUGUCAGUGCUGUGGAGAUACUAAUCAGAGCCAACAUCACCAUUAAAUCCACCAUCAAACAUCUAUUGCUGAAAGACGCUUCAACACAGGUGUCAGUAACAGUUUAUCCAGAGCACGGACUGUCAGACCAGCACAUCAUCCCAUGGUGGAUCUUUCUCAUUGCCGUUCUUGCAGGAAUUCUUGUUCUUGCGCUGCUUGUGUGUAUACUGUGGAAGUGUGGUUUCUUCAAAAGAGUUCAGUAUAGAGAUAAAGUGGCCCGGUAUCAUACUGUGAAGAUUCUGCGCAAGGAUAAACAAUCGACAUUCGAAAUGUCUGGACAAGACUUUAAUUUUCCUCAAAAGCAAUGGGUGACCCACUGGAGUAAUGGGACAAUGUGACGUGUGUUUUUUUGGCCUAAUCAUACUCAUCGUUUGACACCGGACAGAGAAAGCUGUGGAUCAACCUGCAGUGCCACUGACUUUGACUUGCACUGUUGAAAAACAUACACUGUUAGAAAUCAGUUUUAUUAAGCAUUUUAUAAGUUGCCUUUACAUCAGUGCUGUGCAGUUUUUGUGAUAUGUUGUUAAUAAACGGCACAAAACUA